ACUUAGUCUGGGUUCAUCCUACUCAUAUCGCUGGGUAAUUACUUCACACGGCUCUUGAAAUCAACACUGCAGAGUUCCAAUGUCAGCAUACGCAAUCCUUGGAGCCACCGGUCAGACCGGUGGCAGCAUCCUCCAGCUACUCGGCGAGAACCCAAAGAAUAAGAUCAACGUCCUGGUCCGCUCGCGCUCAAAGCUAGAGAAGGCCUACCCGCCUCUCGCCUCAAAUUCCAACAUCAGCGUCUUCGAAGGCUCCAUCACCGAUACCUCCAACCUCGCGUCAUGCCUCAAAGACACGCGCGCCGUCUUCCUCACUGUAGCUGUCAGCGUAAACAUACCCGGCGUCAGCGUCUCCAUGGACACGGCAAAAGCCGUCGUCUCCGCCUUACAGUCCCUGAAGACCCAAGACACAGCCUUCAAAGCUCCGCGCCUCGUAAUCCUCAGCUCCGCCUCCCUCGACGACAAAUUCUGGCGCGGCGCCCCCUCGUUCGUGCACAGCAUCAUGUACACCGCCAACGCGCACAUCUACGACGACCUGGCUGCUGCCGAGCGCUAUCUUCGGCAGCAUGAGGAUUGGCUCGACCUGACCUUCGUCAUGCCCGGCGGGUUGACACACGACGUGCAGCAGGGACAUGAGUUGAGCGAGACGAAGCAGCAGACAUUCAUCAGUUUUCUGGAUCUGGCGGCGGGGAUGAUCGAGGUUGCGGAUUCUGGAGGUGAGUGGGAAGGGAAACAUGUCAGUGUGGUACUGAAGGAGGGGAGAAAGGCAGGGUUUGAGUGGGGGGCGCCGCUGGCGAUAGGGCAGGGUUUGUUGUUUUCCUUUUUCCCUUGGUUAUAUCGGUGGCUGUCUUGAGCUGUGAAAUGCAUCGAGUAUUGUGUCUGAGCCUACGUGUGGACGUCUGGGUGAGUUGAAAGCUAUUACGAGGUUGCCGGGGGUGGUUUAGAUCCCUGUCAGUGAGGUUAGUAGGUGC